UCACGCAAGGAGCUCAUGUUGUGUGUUUGCUUUUCUUUUCCAGGAGAGCCUGAACCCCUGGACCAGCAGAAACAGCAGGUGACUGUGGACGAAGGCACAGAGCUCUUCACCUACAAGGGAAACGAUGUGGAGUCCUACGUGGCAACAAGCACGCCCUCUGGUCUCUACCAGCUGGAGUUGCUGUCCACUGAGAAAGACAGCAACUUCAAGGUGUACACCACCACAACUCCAGAGUCUGACCAGCCUUAUCCGGAGCUGCCCUACGACCCCCGUGUUGACGUGACCGCGUUGGGUCGCACCACUGUCACGCUAGCCUGGAAGCCGACGCCGACAGGCUUUCUGAUGGGCCAACCUGUUCAGUACUGCGUGGUAAUUAACAAGGAGCACAACUUCAAAAGCAUGUGUGCCGCGGAGGCCAAAAUCAGUGCCGAUGAUGCUUUCAUGUUGGCUCCGAAGCCCGUCAGAGACUUUAGCCCCUUUGACUUUGUGCACUUUGGCUUUGUUCCCUCUGACAAUGGGUUUGGCAAGGAGAGAGGCCUUACUAGCAACAAGAUUUCACGAGCAUAUUUAGCCAAACCCAAAGCGUCUGACAUUCAGAAGGUGUGCAUUGGCAACAAAAACAUCUACACUGUGUCAGACCUUAAACCAGACACACAGUACUAUUUUGAUGUGUUUGCCGUGAACUCGGCCACCAACACCAGCACGGCGUACGUCGGAACAUUUGCUCGCACCAAAGAGGAAGCCCGUCAGAAGACCCUGGAGCUGAAGGACGGCAAAGUGUCGGACGUUUUCAUCAAAAGGAAGGGAACAAAGUUUCUCCGCUUUGCUCCCGUGUCUUCGCACCAGAGGGUGACGCUUUUCGUGCACUCGUGUCUGGACGCGGUCCAGGUGCAGGUGAGGCGAGAUGGCAAGCUGUUGCUGUCACAGAACGUGGAAGGAGUGCGGCAGUUCCAGUUACGGGGAAAGCCGAAAGCCAAGUACCAGAUCCGCCUUCGAGGAAGCCGGAAAGGGGCGUCCACGCUGAAGGUGCUUGCCACCACGCGGCCCAGCAGCAAGCAACCCUUCCCUUCUCUACCUGAGGACACCCGCAUCAAGGCCUUUGACAAGCUGCGCACCUGCUCCUCUGUCACCGUGGCCUGGCUGGGCACACAGGACCGCAACAAGUACUGCAUUUACCGAAAAGAAGUGGCCGACAGCUACGGGGAAGAGCAGCGACGCAGGGAGCAAAAUCAGUGUGCCGGGCCAGAGACCCGCAGGAAGUCCGAAAAGGUGCUGUGCAAGUACUUCCACAGCCCGAACCUGCAGAAAGCUGUGACAACAGAGACCAUCACAGGUCUGGAGCCAGGCAAGACCUACCUGCUGGACGUUUAUGUGGUGGGACACAGUGGCCACUCAGUAAGAUACCAGAGCAAACUGGUGAAAACAAGGAAGUACUGCUAAAUGACUCUGCAAAGAAUAAAUCUAUUAUAUAAAUAUAUAUAUAUAAAAUAAGUUUAUUUAACACUAAGUGAUAUUCUACUAAGAAGUGUACACAGACUGACUACUCAUGCAGCUGAUGGGCCCAUAGUAGAGACUGAACUGUUUGUAGAGAAAGAGAGAGAAAUAUCAACCUGUAUAUUUAUGUUUACAUUUUUAUCUCGACGCGUCCGAGAGGCCCGAAGCGCGAGCUGCUUUUCCUACCAGGCUUGUCGUCUCGACAUCGAGUUGCCACCAGGGAGGGAGGCAGAACUUCAGCGAAAAAUCACAUUUCCUCCUGCGUCGGUUCCUGUGUCGCUGCAUGACGUUUGCUUUCGUCCGUCACAUCCUUCGGUCAGAGUCACGGCGACCGGAGGAGAUCCAGAGGCUUCCCGCUUUGUAUAGCUCUCUCAACUGCAUACUCGUUUCAUGUUUUAGGAGAAAAUUUAAAUUAUUUUAUACUUUGUGUCUAUAUUUUUGAUCGUCUCUUUUUAUUGAUGACAGUGUUGGCCGUUCCAGAUAAUUUCCGGUUUUUAUGUGGAAGCUGUAGUUCAAGACAUUCCCUUUGUGUAUCCCAGCCAGUGUUUUCCUCUAGAGCCCAUCUUGUAAAUGUAUUCGGUUUUGUGCUGGAGAUCUGUGUUAUUAUCACUGUAUCACUGUGUGCGUGCGUGCACGUGCGUGUGUGAGUGCGUGCGUGAGUGAGUGUGUCACAUGUACAGAGAUGUCCUGCCAAUAUUCAUGUACAUAAAGCCUAAAUAUAGAACAAGUAAUCCCUGUGUCA